CCCGCCCGCCCGCCGCCGGCGUCCGCACCGCCGCCCAGCGAUCACGCCGCGGCGGCUCAGAGCGCGGCUGCGGCGGGCGGCGGCGGCGGCUCUCUCCCGUCCGUCAGUCCUGGGACCUUCGCUUCCACGCCUUCCCGCAGAGGGACAGCGCGCUCUCCCGCCCGCAACGGGGGCGGGGACGCCAGGCCCGCGACCCGUAGUCCCCCACGAUGAGGAAGCUGAAGCUCAGAGAAGGAAAGUGAUAUACCCACGUCUGCAGAACUAGGUGAUCCGAUCGCUGUGCUGGAAGCAGGUGGUGGGCGGCGGAGCCCAUGCAGUGAAUCCCGGUGAUACCCCUCCGCCAGCAUGCCGUGGGACGCCCGGCGGCCUGGGAGCAGCGCCGACGGCGGGCCUGAGGGCGCGGGCACAGCGCGCUCGUGGGCGCAGAAGCAGUGCCGCAAGUCGUCCUUCGCCUUCUACCAGGCCGUUCGCGACCUGGUGCCGGUGUGGCUGCUCGAGGACAUGCGCGCCAGCGAGGCCUUCCACUGGGACGAGCGCGGGCGCGCCGCCGCCUACUCGCCGUCGGAGGCGCUCCUCUACGCGCUCGUGCACGACCACCAGGAGUAUGCGCACUACCUGCUGGCCACGUUCCCGCGACGCGCGCUCGCGCUGCCAAGCGCCAGCUUCCGUUGCUGCUCUGCGCCCGGGCUGCAUGUGGCGCUAGCAGUGCGCUACAACCGCGUGGGCAUCCUACGCCGCAUCCUGCGCACCGUGCGCGACUUCCCGGCUGAGGAGCGCACACGCCUGCUCGACCGGCACGGCUGCAGCCGCGUGGAAGGCGGUGGUACGUCAUUGCAUGUGGCCUGCGAGCUGAUGCGCCCCGAGUGCCUCUUCCUGCUGCUCGGCCAUGGUGCCUCACCCGGCCUGCGCGAUGGCGGUGGCCUCACGCCGCUAGAGCUGCUGCUGCGCCAGUUGUGCCGUGACACCGGAGCUACCUCUGCUGCGACGGUGCCCGCAUCCGGGGAGCCACGCCAGCGUCACCUGCUGUUGCUCGACCUGCUGGCACUGUACACGCCUGUGGGCGCCACAGGCCCGGCCCACCGCGAGCUGCUGAGCGACCAGCCGCGCUGGCAGCGGCUCUUGGGUGACGACAAGUUCCACUGGCUGGCGGGUUUGGCGCCGCCCUCACUCUUCACGCGUGCCAUGCAGGUGCUGGUCACCGCCAUCUCACCCAGCCGCUUCCCCGAGGCCCUGGAUGAGCUGCCGCUGCCGCCCUUCCUACAGCCGCUGGACCUCACGGGCAAGGGCUAGCCCGCUGGGCACCCUGGGCACCGGAAUUUUGGAGAAUACUAUUUUUCAGAGCGUUGUACCUAGCACUUUACAUAUAUUGAUCUCUGUACAGCA